GGCUCAAUGAUUAAUAUAAUACGAACAGAUGCCGCGUAGUAACAACAUCACACGGAAGUAUAUUUUAGGGCUGUGUGUCGCAUUUCAGCAUUUUUUUAAACGAUAUCUUUCAUAAAUUAAGGUUGCAUUGCAGUGCAAUAAUUCUAUGCCCGUGUCCGUGUGUUUGUUCCUUCUAUCAAGAUAAAUGACGAUUCACUGUGUCGAUGGUGAUCGAGUACAUAAUCUAAAGAUGGCCGGAGCGUCUGUAGCAACCGUUUUUCUUGUAUUAACUUCCUUGAUUUGUUCGUCGCAUGGGCAAACCAAUGCUGUAAAUGUUGCAGUAAAUAAACCAAUUUCGGCGAUGAUAACGUGUGGAACUCCGCCAGAAAUUUAUUAUGCUCAAAGUGAAGGGUUAAGACAGGUAACCCAACGAGUAGAAUCUCUUUGUGAUGCAUCCAACUCUUCGUUUGCUCAUCCCCCAGAACUGAUGGUGGACCUGAAUGAUCCAACUUCUGGGGAUGUCUUUACCUGGUGGCAGAGCACCUCAAGAAACAUGUUGCUGCAGGCGGGGUUGAUUAACCCAGAUACAAUAAUUACUUUAAAUUUAUUAGAGAGUUACCUUGUUGAGUAUGUUAGUAUUCAGAUGGGAGAUUCAGCUCGUCCAGGUAGUAUGACAUUGUUGCGUUCUAGUGACGGCAUUUCCUACUCAGUUUGGGAAUACAAAGUUACUGUAAAUAGUGACUGCCUCUCAGAUUACAACGUUGAUGUCAAGUCUAUCGUUGAUAGCGAUACAACUGUGUUGUGUUCAACGUACGGGCGCACCGAGCAGCAACAGUAUGAAACAAUCCAGUUCACAAUGCCUGUACCCGAGGAGUUUAUUGAGUGGCGUCGUGCGCAGUACCUUCGCUUUGAGUUCCAUGAUAUGCCCCGUAAAUUUGGUCUUUUGUCUGAUAUUUUUCAUCACUACACGGUCCGUAAUAUUGUGGUGACUGCUGAGUGCGAGUGUAAUGGCCACGCAAGUGAUUGCACACUACAGCCAUCAGAAGAGGACCCAGAGAAGGAAACUUACCAAUGUGUGUGCGGGGGUAACACUGGGGGAAUCAGCUGUGAUCAGUGCUUACCAUUCUUUAACCAGUUACCAUACCAACAAGGAUACAACAAUUUUGCUUGCUUAGAAUGCAACUGCUUUCAGCACAGCGAAGUGUGUUACUAUGAUUCAGUUAUCGGUGCUAUCAAUGGAAGUCUGAGUGGGGCAGGGAGAUACCACGGUGGGGGCGUGUGUCAAAAUUGCAUGAAUAACACGGCUGGAAUCAACUGCGAGCGUUGUGUUGAGUAUCACUACCGGCCGCUGACAAGUGUUCAAACCGAUGUGGAUGCUUGUCAACCAUGUGAUUGCUAUCUAGAUGGAACGAGAGAAGACCCAAGUAUUGGACUUAACAAAGGACAUUGUGUUAUGAACAAUGAUACUCUACUACCAAUAGGAAUGGUUCCUGGUGAUUGUUAUUGUAAAGACAAUGUGAUAGGGUCAAAGUGUGAUGAAUGCCGCAAUGGAUACUUCCACCUGGCAGACAGCAACCCAGAGGGCUGCACAAGCUGCAAUUGUUUUACUGCUGGUACUGAUAAUGGGACGGCUGUGUGUAUUAAAGAUUCUAGUGGUCAGUGUCCAUGCAAGACGUUCGUUAUUGGAAGACGCUGUGAUACAUGCCAGGAUGAGUUCUAUGCCCUCUCAUCUGAUAACCUAGAGGGAUGUUUGCCGUGUGAAUGUAAUGUUGGUGGCGCUAUUAAUAACCUCUGUGACAAAGGCAGUGGACAGUGUAUUUGCAAGAACUAUGUGUCUGGCAGACAAUGUGACAGACCUCUACUGAUGUCAUACUAUCCCACAGUUCAUUUCAUCAAUGCCGAGUUUGAAACGACAAGGAGUCCAUACUGGGAACGAGAUGAUGCUACCAAUCCUGGAUAUAGCUAUUUUGGUUACUUGGCUAUUACAGGAGCACUGACUGUUUCCACUACAAUAACCGUGCCAACAACCCAGCUUUCUGGCAGAACUGAAAUUGUUCUUCGCUAUUCUAGCCAGAGUGUCACUACCGUGAGUGUCUCUAUUUCUCCGGGGGAGUUAACAUCCGGUAGUAUGCAAAUGGGUCAGGCCACCUUGACUAACUGUCUGGGGGAAUGGUGUUACGAUCCCGUUUACAACCUGGACCAGUCUCAGGGGUUAUACUUCCAAGUGGAGCCUGGUGAUUGGACAGUGAAUGUGUUUGUGAACAUGGAGGGAGAAGCCAAACUGUAUUUGGAUCAAGUUAUACUGAUACCUGAAGAAUUCCUAAAUCCAGUUGGAGUACUUGAACCAAUCAUAGCCCAGCAGUUCGUCACAACAUGCGAUGUACAAAAUAAUGACAUGCGGAUUGGCACGGAGACGGAGGAAUUUUGUUUGUCGUCAGUUUUUAUCAUCACAACAACCUAUCUAGAUGGUAACCUUCAAUGCAACUGUGACCUUGCCGGCAGUGUCAGUAAUAACUGUGAUCCAUAUGGAGGUCAAUGCCCUUGCCAGCCUGGAGUGGGAGGGCGCCGUUGCGAUGUUUGCCUACCUGAAUUUUAUGACUUUAGGAGUACGGGAUGUAAAGCUUGCAAUUGUUACAGUGAUGAAAAGGUGUGUGAUUCAUUGACUGGACAAUGUGAUUGUCCCACUAACACCGUGGGGCGGCAGUGUGACCGAUGUGUCACAUAUGCAUGGGGUCUAAAUAGUACCACAGGCUGUAAGAUGUGUAACUGCAAUUCUAUUGGAUCAGUGAGUCUUCAGUGCAAUGCAUUAGAUGGAACAUGUUUCUGUCAUCCAGGCGUCGGCGGUGAAAAAUGCACCGAGUGUUUAGAAGGUUUCCGCACCCUUACCUCUGCUGGUUGUACAAGCUGCCAAUGUGACAUUGCUGGCAGUUACAAUGGGACAUGUAAUGUUACUACUGGCCAGUGUCCUUGCAAAGAAAAUACAGAGGGCAUCCUAUGUCAAACAUGUUCCUCAUCAUCGUUUCAUAUAUCAGAGAUGUAUGAUACCGGUUGCCUUGACUGUGUGUGUAUGGGUGUGACCUCUGAGUGUAGUAGCAGUUCCUGGAAAUACUCAUUGUUUCAAAUUCCAACAAAUAAUGAUGCCUUGUGGAGCGUAGCAGCCAACAGAUUUGCGACAGAGCUAUCUGUGGAGCUUCCAAUACCAACACUGAUGGGGGGCGUCAGUUACAUGUCGAUCAGUGUACCUGCUGGUAAUGAUCUCUACUGGUGGCCUAUGGAUGGGCCAUUUUUAGAUGGCAACUUAUUGCACUUAUAUGGUAAUGAUGUUAGAUUUGUUCUGUAUUACGAAGCACCAGCAAGUAUAGCAAGUCCCAUCACGGAACCAAGGGCACUGCUUUCGGGUCUUGGAAAUAGAUACACUUACACAUUUGAUCCAGUUCUGAAUGCCACUUUAACUCCUGUCUCUAUCACAAUAGAAGAAACCAACUGGAGGACUGAAACCACAGAUGAACAGAUCUCAAGACAAGAUUUUAUGAAAACAUUAAGCCGUGUUGACUUCUUUCUUAUUUCAGCAACUCUCUUCUUUGAUGAACACCUGUCCAGCAUUGGAAAUUUUUACUAUAAUCAGGCUACCGCUCCUGGCUCAGAAUUCUAUGAUCCCAGGGCUGCUACAUCUCUUGCUGUUGAGGAUUGUAACUGUGGUCUAGGAUAUUCAGGCCUGUCAUGUGAGGAAUGUGCUGCAGACUACUAUCGUACCAAUGUGACUAACCACCCUUAUUUUGGUGUGUGUAUUUCGUGUACAUGUAAUGGACAUAGUGAUUCUUGUGAUCCAAGUAAUGGACAAUGUAUAGACUGUCAGCACAACACUACAGGCAUAAACUGCGAAAUUUGUGCUAACGGAACUUACGGCGAUGCAACCGCAGGCACUGAGAAUGACUGUACAGAUUGUCCUUGUGGUCCACCCAAAGCAGAUGAUGCACGUUGUGAUGUAAUAGAGGGUGUGGUCACAUGUUUAAGUUGUCUACCGGGUCAUGUUGGGCCUCUGUGUGAUUCGUGUGAGACAUUCUACUUUGGUGAACCAGAACUAGAGGAUGGUUUUUGUGAAGAAUGCAAUUGUAGUGGAAACUCCUUGGAAUGCAACACAAGGACAGGACAGUGUAUAGAUUGUCAGUCACGGACAACUGGAUUUAAUUGUGAACGAUGUGAAAAUUCAACUUAUGGUGAUGCCUCUUUGCAGAUGUGCCAAGAUUGCAACUGCCAUGUUCUUGGUUCAAUAAACUUGCCCUGUAAUCAUCGCUCCGGUCAGUGUCCCUGCAAAUAUGGCGUUGGCACGUUAACCUGUGCCCAGUGCAUGGAUAACUUCUAUGGCUUUGGUCUAAUUGAGGGGUGCAUUGCCUGUGAAUGUAAUGAGCUUGGUUCAACCUCGUUGCAGUGUAAUGAGCAAGGAUUGUGUAACUGCUUUGGAGGUGCUGUAGGUGAUAAGUGCGACAUAUGCUCUCAGGGUUACUAUGGACUUCCUACGCAAUCAUGUCAAUCUUGUUCCUGUGACCUAGUUGGCACAUUAGUUCCAAUAUGUGAUGUCAUGACUGGGCAGUGUCCUUGUCGGACAGGUGUCGGUGGACGUACUUGCAGUCAGUGCAUGCCAACCUGGAUCAACUUUGGAAUCACUGGUUGUGAGAGUAAGUUAUCACAUAGUAGACAUGGUCAACGUGUCAACAGCUUGCAGGCAGCCAUUCGUAGCACUGAAUCAACUCUGCUAGAAGUACAGACAACAGUUGACGCCACCCAUGAAAUUCUGGAUAUUGUUGAUGUCACUCUGAUGAGGGUGGACGUGGUCCUCAAUGCAACUCAGUACCAGAUUAGUUAUUCGGAUUCAAUCGUUGAGGGUGUUAUCUCAACCUUGGCAAUGGUUGAUGCAUCAAUACUUGCAGCCCUUGAAUCCAAUACCGCCGGAGAUGCAGACUUUUUGGCAGCUUUGAUAAUCAAAGAUGGCGCAUCAACUGGCUAUACAGGAAUUCCAAUUGAUCAAAGUAUCAACCAGUACUCUAUAAAUGGAUGGUCAUCGGCAAUGGUUGCUUCUAGGUUUCGACUCAAUGAUCUCCGGGAUCUGCAGCCUGUCACAGAACAAACCGUUGUUUUGGCCGAAAACACUGCUUUUACCUUGGCAAACACAGCACAAGACACAGUUGCGAUUUUUUCAGCUGCUCAAGUCUCUGGCCAACGGCCAGUUGACAUUUUCGACCACUAUGAGGGCGUAGUAACAACCAUUAAUGAAGCUGAAGCAGUUAUACAGAAUGCUAACGACACAAUUGCUGCGACUACAUCCUUCCUAGAUACAGUCUCUGUUGAUACUCUGAUGUCACAAGCAAACUCCUCAAAAGUCUUCAGCAGAUUGACCUUAGAUGUGGUUGAAUUGAGGACCACUGAUCCUGAAGCGUUGAAUGACACGUUAACAGUGGCAUACAAUGGCAUCAGUGAUUCUGAGGCAUUGUGGGAUACUAUUGAAGCUGAUACUGCCAGCCUAGAAGUUUCUGCAAACAGUUUGGCUCUCCUUGCUGCAAAUCCCAUGAUACAGCCUGCUAUUAAUAUGGGUGUUUCGGAUUCGGCGGCGGCAAGUACUACAUCGAACAAUGUGAUCACAAACUCAGCGGCACUGGAUGGACGUGUCCUAACGAAUGCUGCUGAGAUUGCUGUUGUUCAGGACUCCAUCACAAACUCCACCAUGCUUUUGAAUCAAAUUCCUGUUGUAGCUGACGUUGGACAGAUUGAGACAGACAUUUCUGACUUAACCGUCAUGGUGGACCAGCUGGAAAUUUUAAGAAACGAAACUGCAGCACAACGUGUUGUUGUUACUGACAGACUUGCUUUGCUUCAGCAGAAACUCCUGUUGGCUCAGGAAGCAGUUGCCAACUCAAAACAACCAGUACGUUUUGCUCCUGACAGUUCCAUCAGUGUUGCGCGCGCACCAACUGUGCAAGCGCUAUUCAACGAGUUAAAUAUGGACUUGAAGACAGACUUGCGAGAUGGUCUGGCGUUCUUUGUAGAGAAUCCUGACACAGGCGCCCUUUUUUCCAUUGAAGUUGUCACUAGUCAUGUUCUGUUUAAGUACAAUCUGGGUCAAGAUUUGGUAACAAUUGAAAGCCCGAUUGAUGUUUGCUGCGGGGAAUGGUAUCAUGUCGUUGCAACCAGAUAUGGCCAUGAAGGUCAGCUUUCUGUGGAGAAGUUGUCAACAGGGGGCGCUUCAACUGACUUCGGUAGUAGUGUGAUUACCUACGACAUGUACAUGAAUCUUGGAUCUACUUCUCUGUACUAUGUUGGUGGAAUACCGUCAGAGUAUGAGACUGACAAAGUACAGAGCCGAGAUUUUGAAGGUUGUAUCGCCAACGUGGUGUUUGAUGGGCAAGAGCUUGACCUGUGGCGACCUGUCCGCCUGACUGGCUCUACCUCUUGCUGUCCUCGUCCAGACUUGCCAGAUCUAGGGACAGACACCCUCAUAGAUGGGCUAAGCUUCUCAGGCUUUGGCUACUUCCAGCUGAUCAACACUCAGGAAGAUUUUAACAUCUAUCAACAAGCACGCAUUUCCAUUGAAUUCCGGACAUCCAUCAGUGAUGGAGUCGUGUUCCUGAUCACUCGGCAAGAUCUCAUCUCUUACAUCGGUAUUUUCAUGGAAGCUAAUAAAAUCGUAUUUGAAAUGAAUACUGCUGGGAAUGUAAAAUAUAGACUUACAAGCAAUAGGGAUUUUAACAAUGCAGAGUGGGUCCAGGUUACCACUGCGUUUAAUGCUAGUUACUACUCUAUGCAAAUACGUGCGGCCAAUAUUAGUCAAACGCUGCUAUUUCAUCAAGAAUCUCGGACGUAUGCACCAUUGUCAUUUGCAAAUCUUCGAGUUUCAUCAAAGGUCAUGAUUGGGUCACCUGAUCCUGAUCUCAACUCAUUCAUUGUACGCGGUCCUACCAACUUAAAAUUUGCCGGUUGUGUUCGCAACCUCCAGUUGUCUUAUGCUAGCUCUAUGAUUCUUGUACCGCGACCUCUAAAUAACGAAACAGUUGCAGAUUUUCAAGAUGUGUCAUUUGAUGGCUGCUUAGAGCAGGUUGUACCUGGUGUCGGUUUUAGCGGUGACUAUGCUUAUGGUAGGCUUAGCCUUCCAGCCGAGUUGGCCCAGGUGCAACGCAUCUACAUACAGUUCAAGACACUGGAACCUGACGCUAUACUAGCCUACAGUUGGGAUGCUGAGAGCUUUAAUAAAUUGUUUUAUAUCGCCCUCUAUCAUGGCAAUAUAUUUGUGCAGUAUAACAUUGGUGAAGGAUUGACUGAACCAUUACAAACUAAGGGGCUGAGACUAAAUAAUGGACAGUGGCAAACUGUAACGGUUGAGUUCACAGGCUUAUCUGCAACUAUUCGUGUCAAUAGUAUGCCGUUAAUAUUGAGCAAUCGUCAGUUGAGCACCGAUGGAAUUCUUAUCACUGGUUCUAAUAGUUACCUGUAUGUUGGUGGUGUACUAAGCACCAUCCCAAAUCUAAUUGGUGGAGAGUUCCCGGUUCGAGAAUCGCUGAAUGGUGACAUCAGGAACUUUAUGAUAAAUGAUGUUACUCCUAAUUUUAAUGAUGAUGCGGUUUUAACAGCACAGCAAGGCAUUACAUUAAGCGGAGUGACUCCACCUGUUGCUACACUUCCACCCUUGCCUUAUGUCACAGAGGCUCCACCAACCAGUAUCACACCAAUGCCAAUGUGUUCAGAUCUUCCCGAUGUUUUUCUGUAUCCUGACGUCUUUCGUUUUGGUCUGGAGGACAACAGCUAUGUCACAUUCCCCUUAAGUGAUGAAGACAGGCAAUAUUUUCUAUACAGUUUUGUAAUAACAAUAGAAUUUCGUGCUAUAUCACCAAAUGGUAUACUGUAUUAUGCUGCGAGUAAUGCUCUCUUACCAAGGGAGUGGAUUGCUCUUGUCAUAAUAGAUGGCUACUUAGAGUUCAGUAUGAUUAGCAAUGCAAGAUCUAUUAGAGGAAUUGGAAUCCGUACAAAACAGAAGUAUGAUAAUGGUGAAUGGAUCAAGGUUACAGUGUUAAGGAUAAAUGAGUUUGUUGCAAUCUUAGUGACAGAAACCAGAGAUUAUGCAAAUAAUAAUCAGCCAUCAAAUGCAGUUACGUCAAGGAUCAGUAUUGGUACAGACUUCAAUCUUGGAGGGAUAAGUCCAAGCAUACUCUUAAGUACUUUCCCACUUACAUUCACCACUGGAUUUGAUGGCUGUAUCAAAAAUGUUGAGAUACAAACAGAUGACAUUCCUCAAGACUUAAUCUUAAAUUUUAGAGAUCCAUCCCUGUACUUUGCACAAUCAGUGGAAACUUGUUCUCUCAAUGAUGUUAUACCGGGGGCAUUCUUCAAUGGUACAGGCUAUCUACAAUUAGAAAACAAUUUUGUUGUUGGUGAUUCAUUACAUCUGAGUAUGACGAUCAGGACGACUGUCAGGGAGACUAUUCUUUUUGCUGUCUCUUUAAAUGUUGAGAAUUUUGUAGCUUUGGAUAUUUUUGAAGGAGGGGUACGCGCUAUAGUGAGUCACAGUUCAUCUUCACCAUACAUAGUACGUUCAUCAGUCUUUGUGAAUGGGUAUGAAAUCUGUGACAACCUACCCCACACAGUUGACUUGUCGUUCACACAGCUCGGCCUACAGCUCACAGUUGAUAGUUACCCGCCAGACAUAACAUACUUCUCACCUGGGGUUCCAACAGUCGUCACCAACAGCCCGAUAUACUUUGGCGGUAUUCCAGAAACUGGAGCUGUUCAGUUGAUCAGUGGCAUCGUGACCAAUUCCUUUACUGGUUGCAUACAGACAAUCUUGCUAAAUGAUGUACAGCGUAAUCCACGUGAUAAUGUUGACAGUGUUGGCAUGACAACAGGAUGCCCUUUUCCUCUUACAUAAACUUAUUUUUACUUGCUGUUAACUAAAUUAUGUUUAAUCAUUUUAUUAUACUUAUAUGAAUUAGACAAUUCUGUGUAGCUCAUAGAAUGCGUAUAAUCUUAAGGAAUUAUUAUUAUUGUUUAUGUACAGAAAUGACAACAUUCUCUUUUGCAAAAAGCUUGCAUAGGUGCAGCACCAAUGUCUGAGGUUCGUUUGUUUGUGCCUUUAUUUGUUUGGCAUUUAUUUACAUUGAUUCUUUUUAACCAAGAUUAAAUGGGUUUCUGAUAUAAUAGUAAAUGAAAAGUAAACACAUCAUUUUAGAUUGUAAGCAAUCUUAAUACCACACCAGCUAACAGUUAGCAGGAUCCAGAUAAAUAACAUACUCGCUCACACUUGCGUUCAUACAAGAAAGUCUCCGAUCCAGAUAGCAAAAAGAUGAUGAUAAGAUCACUGGCCAAUAGGAACCUGGAAAUGCAUACGUGUGGUUGGUUAAUGAUAGGAACGUGCUCAACUUGCUGUCUGAUAGUGCUCGCUAACCACCAUUAGCGUAUCCAGAUCCUUGUAAUAGUUAGUGGUAACCAAUCAGGCGUUCUCACAUGGGUGCUAACGGUUAGAUCCCGAUACUAGAGCUCUAGUGUGAACCUAACCAUAUUUUAAAAGAAUCUGCUAUUUGGUGAUUAAAAUUAUUUAAAGUAGUUUUAGGAUUUUGUAUUGAUUAAAUUAUGAAUUUAUGAAUAUUAUGAUGAUAAUGAUACAGAUAAUACAUUUGCUUAUAAAGCAAAAUUGAA